GCAGGACUGCAUGAGAGGAGCCGAGAUAAUAUCCACACCACCAGCAUCCAUCACCGGAGCUACAGAGCCAUCUCAGCCCGUCACGGCGCUCGCCGGCUGUUAACGGCACUAUGGCACAAGCCGCCAAACAUCUGCGCAAGAAUAAGGAUUUAGAGGCGCUCGCCGAACAGGAGCGGAAGGAGAAGGAGGAGGAGAAGGCGAAGAAAAGGAGCCGCUCGCGGGAUAAAAAGCGCAAGGCCCACGUCGUUCAUCGCUGGCUAAUCGAUCAGGACAAUAGUGUGAGCUCUGAGCUGCCGGAUGGCCAGGGAGUGUGGCACUAUGAUGAAACAGCUGAUGCUGCCACCAGUUUCCUCCGUGCAGCUCGCUCAGGUAAUCUGGAAAAGGCUCUCGACCACAUCAAGAAUGGCAUCGACAUCAACACAGCCAAUCAGAAUGGACUCAACGGGCUGCACUUGGCCUCGAAAGAAGGCCAUGUUAAAAUGGUGUUGGAGCUACUGCACCAUGGUAUUGUUCUAGAGACCACCACAAAGAAAGGAAACACUGCUCUUCACAUAGCAGCAUUAGCUGGACAGGAGCAGGUGGUCACAGAGUUGGUUAACUAUGGAGCCAAUGUCAAUGCUCAGUCGCAGAAGGGCUUCACUCCUCUCUACAUGGCUGCACAAGAGAAUCACCUGGAGGUUGUGAAGUUUCUGCUGGAUAAUGGAGCCAAUCAGACCAUUCCAACUGAGGAUGGCUUUACCCCUCUUGCUGUGGCUCUUCAGCAGGGCCAUGAGAAUGUGGUGGCCCUGCUCAUCAACCACGGUACUAAGGGCAAGGUCCGCCUUCCCGCACUGCAUAUCGCUGCCCGAAACGACGACACCCGAACUGCCGCUGUGCUUUUACAGAAUGACCCAAAUCCUGAUGUCUUAAGCAAGACAGGCUUCACACCACUCCAUAUCGCAGCCCACUAUGAAAACCUGAAUGUUGCCCAGCUACUUCUAAACAGAGGAGCUGAUGUGAACUUCACACCCAAGAAUGGGAUCACACCUCUACAUAUUGCAUCCAGGAGAGGAAAUGUCAUCAUGGUCAGACUUCUGCUGGACCGAGGAGCAAAGAUUGAUGCCAAGACAAAAGAUGAGCUGACUCCUCUUCACUGUGCUGCCAGAAAUGGCCAUGUGAGAAUAAUCGAGAUCCUUCUGGACCAGGGAGCCCCGAUACAGGCCAAGACCAAAAAUGGCCUGUCUCCAAUUCAUAUGGCAGCCCAGGGCGAUCAUUUGGACUGUAUCAGACAGCUAUUACAGUACAAUGCUGAGAUUGAUGACAUCACUCUAGACCACCUGACCCCACUGCAUGUGGCAGCACACUGUGGACAUCAUCGCGUGGCCAAGGUGCUCCUGGAUAAAGGAGCCAAACCAAACACCCGUGCUCUGAAUGGCUUCACGCCACUACAUAUUGCCUGUAAGAAGAACCACAUGCGUGUAAUGGACCUACUAUUAAAGCAUUCUGCGUCCCUGGAGGCUGUAACAGAGUCAGGACUGACCCCACUGCAUGUGUCCUCCUUUAUGGGUCAUCUCAAUAUAGUGAAGAUACUGAUGCAGAAAGGAGCUUCACCACAUGCCUCAAACGUGAAAGUGGAAACACCUCUGCACAUGGCAUCUCGAGCUGGUCACUGUGAAGUUGCUGAGUUCCUGUUGCAAAACGCAGCUCCAGUGGACGCCAAAGCCAAGGAUGACCAGACGCCGCUACACUGUGCCGCCCGCAUGGGCCACAACGAGAUGGUGAAGCUGCUGUUGGAGCACAAGGCCAAUCCCAACUCCACCACAACAGCAGGACACACUCCACUGCACAUCGCUUCCCGUGAGGGACACACACAAACUGCCAGCAUCCUACUGGACAUGAACGCCCAGCUCACCAAAAUGACCAAGAAAGGCUUCACUCCGCUUCAUGUAGCAGCCAAAUACGGGAAGGUGGAUGUAGCAGUCCUGCUUCUAGAGAGAGGAGCCAACCCAAAUGCUGCAGGCAAAGUUGGACUCACACCAUUGCACGUGGCCGUUCAUCAUAACAACCUUGACGUGGUCAAUCUUUUGCUCAGCAAAGGAGGCUCACCACACAGUUCUGCACGGAAUGGCUAUACUCCGCUCCACAUUGCUUCCAAACAGAACCAGGUGGAGGUAGCGAGCAGUUUACUGCAGCAUGGAGCUUCUGCCAAUGCUGAGUCAUUGCAAGGGGUCACACCGUUACACCUAGCCUCCCAAGAGGGCCAACCGGACAUGGUGUUGCUGCUUAUCUCAAAGCAGGCCAAUGUAAAUCUAGGCAAUAAGAGUGGUCUGACUCCUCUUCAUCUCGUGGCUCAGGAGGGGCAUGUUGGCAUUGCUGAUAUACUAGUAAAACACGGGGCGUCUGUCUAUGCUGCCACACGGAUGGGUUACACACCACUUCAUGUGGCUUGUCAUUAUGGCAAUAUCAAGAUGGUUAAAUUCCUCUUACAGCAACAGGCCAACGUCAACUGCAAGACCAGGAUGGGAUAUACGCCGCUACAUCAGGCUGCUCAGCAGGGCCAUACGGACAUCGUGACGCUUCUCCUGAAACAUGGCGCUCAACCAAAUGAAAUUACGUCUAAUGGCACGUCAGCUCUUGCCAUCGCGAAACGCCUUGGAUACAUCUCAGUCAUUGAUGUGCUCAAACUGGUCACUGAAGAGACGGUCACCAUGACCACCACAGAAAAACAUCGCAUGAGUUUCCCCGAGACAGUUGACGAGAUCUUGGAUGUGUCUGAAGAUGAAGGAAUUGCACAGCUAACAUUAGGCGAGGAGCUGCUGGGGAACGAGGGUGCCAGGUAUUUGAAGAUGGAGGACAUAAAGGACCAUGAUGAGGAUUUCCUGUCCCCCAAGAAUGUUCUAGAGAAUCAUUCCCCUGCUAUUCCAAGGAUCCCGUGUGUGUCUCCUGAAACUGUCAUGCUGAAAGAACAUGAAAUGGACCAGCAACACACCCCACUUCCUUUGCCCAAGGAGUACGAUGAGGAUUCGCUGAUCCCCAGCAGUCCGGCCACAGAGACGUCAGACAAUGUCAGUCCUGUAGCGAGUCCCAUCCACACCGGGUUCCUGGUGAGCUUCAUGGUGGAUGCUCGUGGCGGCUCGAUGAGAGGCAGCAGACAUAACGGCCUGCGUGUCAUCAUUCCUCCUCGCACAUGUGCCGCUCCAACACGCAUCACCUGCCGCCUGGUGAAGCCGCAGAAACUUGCCACACCACCUCCUCUGGUGGAGGGUGAAGGUCUUGCCAGCCGCAUCAUCUCUCUUGGUCCAGCUGGCAUGCAGUUCUUAGGGCCUGUGAUUGUGGAGAUUCCCCAUUUCGCAGCACUCGGUAGGGGAGAUCGUGAACUUGUGGUCUUGAGGAGUGAGAACGGAUCAGUCUGGAAGGAGCAUCGUAAUCGUUAUGGUGACGAGGUUCUGGAAACCAUCCUCAAUGGCAUGGAUGAAGACCUUGAGAGUCAGGAGGAACUUGGCAAGAAGAGGAUCAGACGGAUCAUCUCCACCGACUUCCCGCUCUACUUUGCAGUGGUUUCUCGCAUCCAGCAGGAGAAUGAUCUCAUUGGCCCAGAAGGGGGUUAUCUCAGCAGUAAACUGGUGCCCAUGGUGCAGGCCAGUUUUCCUGAGACUGCCGUCACCAAGCGUGUCCGUCUUGGACUGCAGGCCCAGCCAGUCCCCGAUGAGCUGGUGGCCAAACUUCUGGGGAACCAAGCCACGUUCAGCCCUGUGGUGACAGUAGAGCCUCGUCGGCGCAAGUUCCACCGUCCCAUCGGCUUAAGGAUCCCACUGCCUCCCUCCUGGAGGGAGAGUCCGCGGGACGCUGGCGAGGGCGACACCACCAGCCUCCGCCUGCUCUGCAGCGUCAUUGGUGGCACGGCUCCUGCCCAGUGGGAAGAUAUAACUGGCACCACCAAACUUAUAUAUGCCAAUGACUGUGCCAGUUUCACCACCAAUGUUUCUGCCCGUUUCUGGCUGGCAGACUGUCCUCGGACAGCGGAGGCUGUGUCCUUUGCCAACCUCCUGUACCGCGAGCUGUCAGCCGUGCCGUACAUGGCCAAGUUUGUAGUUUUUGCAAAGAUGAAUGAAGCGCGAGAGGGUCGACUUCGCUGUUAUUGCAUGACUGAUGACAAAAUGGACAAAACCCUGGAGCAGCACGAAAAUUUUACUGAAGUGGCUCGCAGCAGAGACAUAGAGGUUAUGGAGGGAAUGCCGCUAUAUUUGGAGUGUUCAGGAAACUUGGUUCCCAUAAGGAAGGCGGCACAGCAGCCCCGAUGUUUCAGCUUUCAAGCCUUCAGAGACAACAGACUGCCUGUGUCUGUCAAGGUGAGGGACAGCAGUAAAGAUCCCUCUGGCUUCUUGUCUUUCUUGCGCAAAUCAACUAAAUAUGAAGAUAAUCAGCAUGUGCUGUGCAACCUCAACGUUACCAUGCCGCCAUGUAUUAAGAUUAUAGGAAGUGAUGAGCGAAGGAGAACUCUGACUCCUUUGGCUCUGAGGGAAAGAUACAGUGCUCUAAAUGAACCAGCCAUGGCAUCACUGAGCGCCAUGGAAAGGACGGAGUUAAAGAUGGCUUUAAUAGCUGAACAGCUAGGCCUGAGCUGGGCUGAGUUGGGACGUGAACUGCAGUUUAAUGUAGAUGAAAUAAAUAAGAUCCGUGUGGAGAAUCCCAACUCCCUUUUAGAGCAGAGCUCAACACUGCUCAACCUGUGGGCCGCUCGAGAGGGGAAGAGAGCCAAAAUGGACAGCCUGUACGUGGCCCUCAAGAGCAUUGACCGAGUGGACAUUGUGAACAUGUUGGAGGGCCAGGGACCACCAACAGGUCAGCAGGGGGGCUGGGAGCAAGAUGCUUCCAGGUCUAGGCAUCAUGAGAGAGACCAUCUAUCUCCUGGCAUCACAAAUGGUUACGGGCUGGUGGUACAGGAAGAACUAGUUUCACCGGCCUCCAUGCAGUACAGUCUACCUUCGCCAUUGGGCAAUGAGCCCUACUGGCAGGAAGUGUCGAGCAUGGAGUGUGCGCCCAUCGCCACUACCGAAGAGGACACACUCAUGGAGAUGUCUGAGGUACAGGUUUGGCCCUCAGGCAAUAGUCCUUCCAUUGUGGCUGUAGAGGACUCCUCACUGGAGUGCAGCAAUGCUGAUGACUCCGAGGCGCUACUGAACAGGAGCCUGGGCCACUCGAGGAGCGGGACUCCCGGUACAAACGGACCAGUCGGACUUGGUGCUCAGGGAGGGUUAAGUGGUUCCAUCGAGCUACUUGAGGAUCAAUCCAUUGGGGCGGAUUCAGAUUACAGUGCUGCUGGGAUGCUGUGUCUGAGUGAAGGGGUCAACAUCAAUGCUCUGGACAGAGGUCAGGGGUCGGAGAGGUCAGAAGGCACUGUGGGUCAAGAAGUCAACAACAUUAAAGACGGUUCCAGUGGAGGUUUAGGAGAAGGAGGAGGAGGUGACGGCACAAACGUAGAAGAUAGCAUAUCUCUCAUUUCAGGGCAACAGCGAGUUUAUGCUCGAAUGAGUGAGUCACCUGGACUCAGAAGACGGGCAGAUCCUGGUGAUGACAGGUUAAGUAGUGGGUCCUUCCUGUCUUAUCUACAGGAUCAGGGAGCUCCUGGUUGGCACUCGGCCCCAGAACCAACCCAGAACAGAGUGGGGUCUCUACAAUGCUCCCUUCCUAGACAGGCAAUGGAGUCUAUGAUGUCAUCAGUACGAGCUGCUGUGGACUGUGAUUCUAAGCAGUCUUGCCUGGGCCAGGAAGCCCUAAUUGAACCAGUACGGGACAUGGGGCAUUCUGAGAUCAUCCACGGGCAUUAUCAGGGAACUCAACCUUUUGAGAAAGGACUAGGCUUCCCGCACAGAACAGCUAACAUUCGGGGUUGGGAGGACAUGCGUCUAAGAGGACAGGGUGAUGAGGCAGAGGAUCUUCCAGGACAGCAAGUGAGCGAGGAGCAAUUUACAGAUGAGCAUGGCAACAUCGUCACCAAAAAGAUUGUGAGGAAGGUGGUCCGGAGAGGAAAAGGGGAGGAAGGGGGUCAGGAGCUGAUCAUAGAGGGUCUGCCGCAGGAUAUCAAUGAACCAGACGUUGAUGGAGAACAGUACAUGAGCUAUGCCGUCCUGGGCCGUGACAGCAAGCCGGAUGUUGUGGAUGUGAAGAGGGGAGGUGCUCAAAUAGUCAAAUGUGCGAGUCUGCGGAGAGUAAAGCAGUGAGUCUGACUCGCUCCUCCCUGCAGGACUUGACACCUACACCCAAAGCAUCCUUCACUGACACAUGAUGGGCGUCGAAUAAAGAAGAAAAGUGAACUAGAGCUGGCGAUAGGCGAUGGAUAUCAACUACGAAAAGAGAUUUUAGGACUUUUUGUAACAAGCAAAACAAACACUAGAGGCUAGAGGCAUGAUUUCUUAUAAAACGAAACCAAACAAUGAAAAAAAGCAAGCAUUUGAGAAGUGCUUCCUGUAAUCUCAAUAUCAGCAUGUGAAAGUGCUGUCGCAUGGCCUGCCUUUACAUACAGCACCGACUGCAAGCAAUUAUGAGGUGAGAAAAUACUGUCGUACCGCAAGGGCUGAAAAAACGGUGGGGGGAAGGACUUGGGCCCACUGGAUGUGGUUUGGGGGCACAUGGGACACAAACGCUAGUUGUAGUCAAAUCCAGCAAGAGUUUCCUGAAAUUUAGUCUUCCAAGCGAGUCCAGAACACACUACUACUGAAAAGGUUUCCCACCAGGAGGAGCCUGACCCUCUUGUACUGGUAUUAUACAUAAUAUGCACUCCAAUAUGAUGUGAAUGUACUCUCUGUGUGCGUGUGUUCUUUUCCACAGCCAAAAAAAAUGACAACGACCUAUGCGAUGAAUAUGCUGCUGUCUCAAUACUUGCUCCUGAAUUCUUGUUCAGUCCAAUAGUACGUGUCUUGUGUAUUGUAAAGGUAUAAUUGUGUAGCAAAUGAGCUGUGAAGUCCUGUGUUGCCUGAGAUAUACUAGGCUCAAGGGUUACAAUUUGUGCAGUUUCAAUGUUUUCAGUGGGAUACAGUACAUUGGACAUACUUUCAAAUCACUGUGGGGCUCUAGAUGUACAUGUUUGCAGCGUUGCAGCGAGAUUGGUUUUGUUCUGUAUACACUGCGCAACUCUGUGUCAUACGAACCCUGAGCUUCCUCCCAAUAACUUCAUAUGCACAGAGGAGAUUAUAUGCAUAAUGUUAACAUUUGCGUUAUCCACCAUUGGCAUUUGCUUUAGAGUGGAAAGACUUUCUUCUGAGCAAAAAAGCAAUAAUUUGAAUGUUUUAUUUCAUUUUAUUUUUGUUAUAAAUGACAGGUAAAAAAUCUAACCUUUCAGUGAAGUAAAACUGUUCGGAAAAUGUCGAUAAAGGCUUUCAGUAGAUUAAAAUAAUUAUUCACAAUUCAUCUUGUGGUUUGUUUUGUAGGUAAUAAUUCAACAUAUUCCUUAUUAAGGAAAGAAAACAAUGUUGCAAAGAUAUUUGGUAACACUUUACAAUAAAGUUCGUUAUCAUCAUGAACUAACAAUGAAAAUUACUUCAAAGCAUUAUUCAUGAAUCUUACCCUAGUGAAAAAAUAAUGUAUUUAAAAUGCAUUUAUUUCAUGCCAAGUAUGCUACAAAUACAUUUACAUCUUAAGUACUUAAUAAAAAUACUCUGCAAUUGUACUUUUAGUAUGCUAAACUGGCAUUUAAAGUCUGCCAGAUUGGGACAACUAAUUUUGUGCAUAAUGCACUUUAAUAGUCCAACUAAAGAUUUAUCUAAGUAUAUUUGAUUGUGCUAAAGUGGAACUAUUUCGAGUAUACUUUAGGUACACUUUAAAUAUCUUGCAUUUAAAGACCGAUGUUAUUCUAAGAUCAUACAAUCCUCAAUAGUGACAUUAAAACAUAUUUUAGGCUUAACAUUAAAUAAUGUGCAUUGUGCACAAGUAGUACUGCAAAUAAAGUUUAAUUACAAUUUUUAUGUCAGUAAACGUGUUGAUAGACUUGAACUAUACUUAGUAUAAAAUAAAUGCAUUUUAAAUCUAUUACUUUUUUACUAGGGUAGUUCAAUUUAUUUUCAACAUUUACUAAUAAAUAUCAAAAGCUGUGUCUGUUCAUAUUAUUUAAUGAAACUGAGCUAGCAUGAAAUAACAGUUAACAGUACUUUUAUUAAUUAUCAAAUAUUAAUAAAUAAUGUAACAAAUAGAAAUGAAACGAAAUGCAUCAUUAACGUUAACUAAUAGGACCUUGUUGUAAAAUGUUACCAGGUGUUUUAUAGAUGUCUUCUCAUUACUAAAAAUAGGUCUACUUGUCAUCCUCAAUAAGACAUUAGAAGUGAAUGCAACCAUUUCAACAUAUUCAGACUGAAUGGCACUAAAUAACACUAAUUUUGGCCUCCCAAAAAUCAAUGUUGUUUUACGUUGACAUGUCACAAUCAUUGUCAUCCCUGCAUUCAUCACCCUUCCACUGAUUUCUAUUCAGUUUUCUCUUUUCUAAGGCCAAGAUGUCCAGAUUUGAGUGUCUUCCUCAGGAUCCUUAACCCUUGCUAUACUCUCAUACAGUUUUAAAUCCCUUAUAUCCUAUAUUAAUAUAUAACUUAAGCCCAAAGUAUACUUUUAUGCAUUCAUGUUUUCAUAAGCAUAGUAUGUGUGCAUACUGUACACACACAGACAGCUAAAUUAUACUAAAGUAUACUCUUGGGCUCUACUCUACAGGUUUGCAGUGGGAUCUGAAGGCUUGAUUAGUGACCAAGUGCAUCCAUUUGUCAUGUUUUCAAACGGCCCACACACUUUGUUUGUGUCACCUCUAAAACCUUUUAAGUUUUUAUUUUUGCUCCUCAUACUAAGUAGGUGUGUGUUUCUUUAUUUUUUGCUUAUGUAACUCAUGAGCUCAAACGUUCUAGGCAACUUUGGUAAGAAAAAUAUAUAAAAAAGAUUAAAUCUAAAUGAGAAUUAAUGAAUUAAUUGGAUGGCUUGGUUUGCCAAUAAUUGGCAAAACUUUUACUACUAAUAAUACUGUUAUUACUAAUAUUUUAAACCAUUUUACUGAAAGGUUAGGUUUUUUUUUCUCAUCUUUUCAGCAUAACAUUUGUUAACAGUAUAUUUUUCAUUGUCUUUUUGUUCACCAUUACAGGUGAUGCUAAUACUACUCAGUGGUGUGCUUUUUAGGGAAAGCAACACAAUCUGUAUUGUUUCUCAUUUUUGAUGCCAAACAUUUCACUGGUAAGAUUA